GGCGGAAUACGGGCGGGGAAGAAAAACCCAGUGCGUGUGUGCGGAAGGACAGAUUCUCAGAGAAGUAAAGCGGCGUAAGGUCCAGGGAAUCAACGCUGGUGAUCCAGUAGACUCUCACCAUCAUGGGGAACACUGCUGGGUCUCAUCUGUUCCACACUCCCUCCACCUCCCCUACAGCGCUGACUCCACCCAGACUGCCUUCACUACCAGCCCUGAACGCUCAGUCCUUUGACACUGUGAAACAGGACAGUAUCAUUCCAGCAACCGGUGGCACUAACUCUCCAUCCUGCUCACCUCAGAGUGAAGCCACUGUUUUAGAGGGUGCAGCGUUUCCAGCAGAAGAGGGCAGAGGACCAUCUGGCUGUGCAGAAGGAGAAAUGGAGGCAGUGCAGGAGAUGGCCCUCACUCUUUUAAGGCUGCUAGAGCAGCACGGAGCAUCUCUGGGGUUGUGUUCAGGACCAGCUGGAGCAGCAGGGCUGCUGAAAAGUUUGUUGGCAGAGAGAGGGCAGAUGGUGGCAGAGAUUCAGCGUCUUAAGGAGACAAUGAAGACAGAGCGGGCGGAGUGGGAGCAGUUCCAGUCUGAUCUGCGGGUGGCCGUGUCCGUGGCUGACCGUUUGAGGUCUGAGGCAGAGGAGGCCCUGAAGAGCUUCCUAGACACUCAUACAGACACAGAGCAGCGUCUGGUCGAGGUGGCGAGAGAACAGAGCCUGAGAGAAAAAGAGCUGGAGAGCAUGAGGGUCCAACUCACAGAAGCACAACAUACACUCUACACGCUCACUGUAGAGCAUCAGCGCACACUGACUGAGCUGGACACGUUCAGACAGAGGAGUAGGAUCAAACCCUGGGAAGAUCAGCACGCUAUGGAGGAGAGUCAGACUGGAGCACAUAAAGAAAAGAGAAAUCAGGGCACAAUGACAGACCAGAGGUCUGAGUGGAGGGUGGAGAGUCUGGAGCCAAAGACAGAGGAGUGUGAAUUAAAAACAACAGAUUCACAGAAGCCUGGACAGACAGAGGAAUCGGAGGAACGUCCCAGAGGACAACAAGGGACUGAGGACAGGAGAGAGGAAGGCAGCCCAGUGAGAGAGCCACGGAGGAUUAUAAUGCUGUCCGAGAGGUCCAGGAGUCUUUCUCAGAUUCUUCUGCCUGCUCACUCGCCAUCCGUCCCGCUGGGGAGCUCCCAAAACCUCACCGGCGCAGCAAGCCCGAUCAAGAGUCAGGAGGCAGUAAAAGGAAGAAGAGCGCCUGAGUGGCUGUUACAGAGACAGGACAGCUGGUCCAGAAGCCUCCGAGGUAGAGAUGACGACCCUGGCUCUGACUCACUGUCUCCAUCCAGCAGCAAGAUCAGGCCUCAGGAUGGGUUCAGUUUGCUGCUGCGACGACACGGCGGCUCCAGGAGAAAUUCUCUACUCCGCUGGUGCCAAAGCCGGACGCAAGGAUACAGAAACAUAGAAAUCACAAAUUUCAGCAGCAGCUGGGAGGACGGUCUGGCCUUCUGUGCUGUUUAUCACUCCUACCUGCCCACACACAUUCCCUACAGCUCGCUGAAGGCUGAGGAGAAGAGGCAGAACCUGGACCUGGCCUUUCAUACCGGUGAAAGUGUGGGAAUUAAAGCUACACUGGCGGUGGAGGAGAUGCUGAGAGACGAAGGCCCAGACUGGCAGAGGGUUCUGGGUUAUGUAGAAAGCAUGUACCGCCACUUUGAGAUGUGAGCUCAUCAGUUAAGCUUCCGUUUUAUCCUCCACCGUUUUUAGAUCUAAUUUGCACAACAAAGACAUGAAAGGGCAAUCUGAGAAAUGCCAGGAUUACAGAGGUGUAAAACUGCCCCAGGUGCAGUUCACCAUACUUGGGCAACCCCCCUGGUCUUACUGUGUUUGUCUCAUGACCAGUGAAAUGUCUUCUGAAUGAUCAAAGCACUUUAUAUAUUGCAAUGUAACAGGUGGGCACUGGAUCGCAGGGAACUGACAAUCUUAAAUAAAAGGGGAAUUCCACUGCUUUUUCAGAAUUUCUAAAAAAAAAAUAAUAAUAAUAAAAGUCACAUUUGUUUACGGUGGUGGUGAGGAGAACCAGACGUCAGACGAAUUUGAUUCCCUUUAAAAGCUCGUU